AUGAACCAAGCACUUCACAAGGAAACGUCCAUUCUAGUUCCGCUAAUUAUUACUAUCUUUCUUCUUGCUCUUGGAGGAUAUCUGAUGAAGAGACAUUCUCUGAUCACCUCCAAUAAAAAGAAGUUUUUGAUUUGUGGGCAACAAGGUAGUGGGAAAACGAAUUUGUUUCAUCUAUUAAAGGAAGGCACACUUCCAUUACUAACAGUUAGUUCAUUAGAACCACAAGAGGGUGAAUUGAAAGUGGAUGAGAAAUUUGCUGGAGAGAAAACAUUUCAAGAUAUAUACGUUAUUGAUUUCCCUGCUAAUAAAAAGUUGAAGAGUCUAUAUCUUACCCCCUUUUUCGAGGAGCACCUUGCAGAUAUUAAAGGUAUUAUUUAUUUGAUUGAUUCAAGUACGUUUGAUGCGAAAGCAUGCCAUGAUGUUGCUGAAGAUUUGUUAGAAAUAUUGAACGUUUCCGAAAGCAGACCAAAUGGUAUCGAUAUGCUAGUUUUCUGCAAUAAAAAUGAUUUAUUUACAUCCAAGAAGAGUACAAAAAUUAAAGAAAUGUUAGAGACUGAAAUUGGUAAAAUUCAUGACAUAAAACAACGUGGAUUAAGUAAAGUGGAUAAGUCACUAUCCAAAGGCACCAUAUCAAGUGAAGAUAUGGAAGAUAAUCUUGACCUAGCAAUCCAAAAUGGAAGAUUCCAGUUCCAACUACUCGAAUCCAAUGUUGAUUUCUCUCAGGGAAACAUAUUCAAAGAUAAAUGGAGUACAAUCAAUGACUGGCUCUAUGAAAAAAUCGUCAACUGA